AUGGAGAUGAUGAUCUUGGAUGAACUGACCAAAGUCAUCCCGUCCUUUGGUAUGCAUUUUGCACCCACAAAGUGUAAGGUCAUGCUUGUGGACGUGCAGUCACUGAACACGCCCCUUACAAUCCAGGGAGAGGUACUGGAAGUUGUGGAGCGUUUCACGUACCUUGGAAGUUGUAUUAGUUCUGAUUGCAGUGUGACAGAGGAGGUGAAUGCACGAAUCUGCAAGGAUCGGGCCGCGUUUGCUAACUUGAGACACCUAUGGCGUCAAAAUGACAGGGGAAGUCGAGAGACAGAGGUCGGGUUCGAACGACGGACCUUCCGGUCAGUAAAUUCGCGCUGUAACCACUUGAGCCAUCUCGCCCCUUUGCACAGUUCACCAGACAAAUUAUGGCAAUUCUUCAUUUGUGGUUGCACCCUCCCUGCAUCGAUCAGCUGCUCGCACGAAUGUUUGUUUAGGACCUUUCCACAGUACCCAAGCCUAGACAGGGGAAGUCGAGAGACAGAGGUCGGGUUCGAACGACGGACCUUCCGGUCAGUAAAUUCGCGCUGUAACCACUUGAGCCAUCUCGCCCCUUUGCACAGUUCACCAGACAAAUUAUGGCAAUUCUUCAUUUGUGGUUGCACCCUCCCUGCAUCGAUCAGCUGCUCGCACGAAUGCGGUAAGACUAGGAAAUUCGUUCCAAACUUCGAAACAGAAAGAAAGCGUUCAGCUGUAGCACCCUUCCGGUGCCUAGCUGCCAUGCCACCCGAAAUAAAGCACGAGGGCUGGGAUACUGCCAGGUUGCCCAAGCCUAGACAGGGGAAGUCGAGUGGCGGAGGUCGGAUUCGAACCACGGACCUUCCGUCUAUGAUGGAUACUGACAUGCCGAAUCGAACAAGAAAUCAAUUCAUUCAAUUCAUUAGGUAUAAACCGUGUGCCAUUAGCACAUUGGUUCCAGCUGUAACAGUUUCGGUCAGCGGAAAUUGGGAGAGUGUGGGUCAUACAGCCAAACACUGGACGCAUGUUCGGUUAGUUCUGGAACUGAGUAGCUACGCAUUGAAGACGAUAGCUUUGAUGCACAACGCGGAGACAUUUCACACAUCUGGUUCCAUUCAGAAAUUUCAACAAUGGAAGAAGAAGCAAAAACUCAGAAAGGAAACUACUCACAAGGUUGCUGAAAACUCGUCGACAGCUCACGACCGGUUUCGCCCUUCCACCUCGGGCUCAUCAGGUAGGCGCAGUCCCCGAGUUUCCGUCAACCUUAUGAUCUACUUGAACCCAAAUUCCACUGUUUUCGAGAAAUACACUCAUUUGCAAAUCAAUAUGGUUUUCACGAGUGUUAUAUCUUCUGGCCCACGAUCGGUUUCGCCCUUCUUGGGGCUCAUCAGGUAG